AUGAAAAGCGACAUAAAACCAUCCAUACAAGAAUUUGUGGGAGUAUCACAACGAAUAGCAAAUUCAAAACUUACCACAGAAAGUCAUCAAAUAACAAUCAUUCCAAUAUAUUCCCCAACAGAAACGAGUACCAACGAAGAAUUAGAGGAUUACUAUGAGAAACUAGAUUACACCUUAGAGAGAUAUCGAUCACCAAUAAACCUAAUAAUUGGAGAUUUCAACAGUAAAGUUGGCUCGUGCAGUAACAAAGACAAAGCAAGAGUUGGACCACAUGUUUUUGGAAUAAGGAACAAGAGAGGAGAAAGAAUGGAAAAAUCAAAACCAAAGAUGGAAUUGGUGUUUGCCAGGUUGCAAGGUGAAAAACGAAAUAUAUUGCAUUCCAAAAGACAAUCAAAACAUAAUAAAGAACAUCCAAGUAAUCUCACAAAUAAAAUUUAG